GCAAGAAAAAACUAUUCUCUUACCACGGAAGAAAAAGAAGAUAUCAGUGAAGAGUGGAAGAGUGGAGAAGAAGAGCAGCAAAUAUAAACUCAAGAUUCUCGGAUUCUCUAAUGAUAAGAAAGCUCGGAGCGAUUCUCCAGAUUCUGGUUUCUCCAGCAGGUCCGUAACUCCAGUGGAGGCUGAAGAGGAUGAGCACACAGAAGAGGCCGUGGAUGAGGAUUCUAACCAGGAACUUGACUCCAUCAAGGAGGACUUUCUGAAAUCUCUUGAUGAAGAUGAUGAUGAAGGAGAUGAUGAAGAUGAUAAAGAUUGGGCCGCUUCCAAGUAUACUGAUGUUCAGAAAGUCAAGAAAUCUGCAACUGUUGUGCACUGCGCUCCUAUCAUCAAAGCACAGGCUAAAAGCGCUUUUGAGCUAGUGCGCGAUAAGAAAAAGCAGGAGGUGGAGAAGAUGAUGGCCGCGUUAAAACAGCAGUGGGAGGAGCAUAAACGAUUAUCAACUCCUAAACCUAAGAAGCGCGAGUUCACGGCUCACAGGCGAGUGUCAACGGGGGAGAUUGGUGAAAUAAGACGAUCAGGACGAUCUAUUGGAGCAAAGGUCGAGUACGGAGAUCUAGAUUUCUCUCCGGCCAAGCGUCUACGGGAACUUGGAAAAACUGGACACACUUUCAAUGAGGAAGAAUUUAGGUUUGUACAAAGAGAGAAAGGAAACACUCCCCGGAGUCACAUUGAUCCAAAUGUUAAUGUUCUUCUACCAGAUGAUGUGACACAGUCCAUGAUUAACAGGAUACACUUCAGUGGACCUAAGAAAUACUGUCAGUCAACUGGAACAUGUUGUCAUCAGUGUCGUCAGAAAACUACCGAUACCAAAACUGUUUGUAGGUCAGGUCAAUGUGUUGGGAUGAGGGGACAGUUUUGUGGAUCCUGUCUAAACAAUAGAUACGGAGAAUCCGUAGCUCAAGCGCUGAAGGAUCCUGACUGGAAAUGUCCGCCCUGCAGACGAAUCUGUAACUGCUCUUUCUGCCUGGAGACCCCUACUGGUCAACUUUACUACCUGGCAAAGCAUCUCAAGUUUGCCUCGGUACAUCACUAUCUCAUGCACCUACGAGAGAAAUGGUCACGGGAAGAGCAGAAAAAAGAUGAUGAUGAAAAUGAAGACGAGAAUAUGGGAGAAGACUAAAGAUAAAAAAUCUGAUUAAGUUUUCGGAUAAUUCUGCUUUCUUGGAUUUAAAGCUCAACUUUAAUGGACAUUUUUUGAAGUGAAAUAUCUGUGUUCCAAACCGUGGUUUAAAAUUGUGACCUUUGAUAACAAGAACUCAGUCUCAAAAUUACUUAAGCAUAUGCUUAAAAUCAUUUUUUGCUCUAGAUGAUCAUUAUCAGUUUAAUUUUUGUAUCGCGAUGAUGGUAAUUUGUGAAGAUUUAUAUUUAUGGACUAAAAAUAAUGUAACGCACACAAUGGGAUUCGAACCCCAUUUGAACAAGAGGAAACCUUACGCUUAAUUAAAACAGUUGAUGCCUUAAUGUGCCUUGAUGUUUUUCUUUCUUUAUCGAUCUCAAAUAUUUAAGUUUGGCUUUUAAAAUUUUUGAAAAUUUGAUUGUUUUAACCGUUAUUUAAUUUAACUGGAUGAAAAUUCCUACUUUGAACAAAAGUGACUUGACGUUAAUUUCA